UAGAGGGAAAUAGUCCGGAGUGAAGGAGCGUCCAUGCCUGAGCCCUGACUGCUGACACCUGGGAACCAGAGCGCUCAGCCCGGGACAGGAUACUCCCUGACACCAUCAUGCUGUGGAAACUAGCAGACAAUGUCAAGUAUGAGGAGGAGUGUGAGGACAGACAUGAUGGAGGCAGCAAUGGUAAUCCACGGUUACCCCAUCUGUCAUCAGUCAGCCAGCAUUUAUACAGCCCAGCUCCCCAACUUUCUCACUCAGGGUCCUCUGACUUUCAGCCUCCGUAUUUUCCACCUCCAUACCAGCCUCUGCCGUACUCGCAGUCUGACCCUUACUCCCACCUUGGAGACCCCUUCUCCCUGAACUCCAUCCACACUUCUCACCCUCCUCCCAGUCAACAGCAAGCAUGGCCAAGCCGUCAAAGCCAAGAGCACAGCGGAAUUUCCCACCACAACAGACCAGGGUUGGUUCAUCACAUCCCGUCUCUGGAUCCCAGCUCAGGAAGGUUGGGAAGAGACUUCCAAAGAAGGCCAGAUAUUCUUCUCCAGCAUGGACCUGGACACGGUCUGGACUCAAGUCUUGCUGAUAACCUUGGUCUACCGGACAUUGGCCAGCAGAUGGAGGAUGUUGCGAGUUUAGAAGAGCAGGGUUUAAUCAUGCACGAUCAGACUGUCAUAAAAAAAGGCAAAAACACACUCAACAUGCCCUACCAGAAAGACUCCUUGAUGGGAAUCGUCAUAAAUCCGAAUGAGGUCUUCUGCUCUGUUCCAGGAAGACUUUCUCUCUUAAGUUCCACCUCAAAGUACAAAGUUACAGUAGCGGAAGUCCAACGGCGGCUGUCGCCCCCUGAAUGCUUGAACGCUUCUUUGCUUGGAGGAGUGCUAAGAAGAGCCAAAUCCAAAAAUGGAGGAAGGUCAUUGAGAGAGAAACUUGAAAAAAUCGGCCUGAAUCUGCCAGCCGGGAGAAGGAAAGCAGCCAAUGUGACCCUGCUGACGUCACUGGUGGAAGGUGAAGCCGUACACCUUGCUCGUGACUUCGGUUAUGUUUGUGAAACAGAAUUCCCUUCCAAGGCAGUGGCUGAAUACUUGAGCCGGCCACACAUGGAACGCAACGAGAUGGCAAAUCGCAAAAACAUGCUGCUUGCGGCAAAGCAAAUCUGCAAAGAAUUCACAGACCUUCUCACACAAGACAGGACGCCACUGGGUAACGCAAGACCAAAUCCCAUCCUGGAACCUGGAAUCCAAAGUUGUUUAGCUCACUUCAGCCUUAUCACGCAUGGUUUUGGGAGUGCCGCAAUCUGUGCUGCUAUGACCUCUGUACAAAACUACCUAAAUGAGGCAUUAAAAAUUGCAGACAAAAUGUAUAUGAACACAGGAGACCAGAGCCCUGGAGAAAGCAACAAAGGCCUAGAAAAGAUGGACAAACACCGGAAAUGAUGAGGGUGUAGUGUGGACAACUUUCAGUGUUUGACUAGAGGAACCUAUGAGGCUAGGACCUAUCACUUUCCUCUUGGUCUCCAUUCCAUGAGGAACCACAAUCUGGCUGGCGGCCCCGGAGACUCUAUGGAAUAUUACGGGACGGUGCUGUUUUCUUAUGUCCACUGCCCAUUGGCUUGGCUAAGAGGCAACUUUCCAGAAACUUUUCUUCCAGAAAAUGUUUGAACCUCCUUUUGCACUCAACUUCCAGCCUCUUCACCUCCCUCACACAUUUCAUUAGGAUUACGAGGAUUUUGCAGAUUAUUCCUUCCCCCUACACCUAAAAAUAUGAAAAACUGUUCACCAGAGGGUGUAGACAUUCACAAAAAUCUGGACUUGAGAGUUGGCCUGUGUGCAUGUACUUUAUGUGUAACUGCAGCCAAUUGUAGCAUAUUUCAUUUUAACUCCGCUCCAACUUGGUAUUUUAAAUGUGUCCAUUUUUUACAUUUUUAUUUUGUAAAUUUUUUUUUAUUGUAACUUUUUAUUUUUUUUUAAAUAUGCAAUAAUUUGCUUCAGCCAAGUUCAGAAUUUUUUUUAAUUAUUUUGUUUUUGCGUUUUUAUAUAGGAUUUUAAAGGAUUGGGUGCAGAUCCUCAUAAGACUAGGUACAAACAUUUAAUGAUCUUGUCAUACAUUAAUGGAUGAACC